UAAUUUUCUGAAGACCUGUUUUUUUUUUUGUUUUUUUUUUUGGUAUAGUCUGGUUGUUGGGGUUUGAAUUUAAGCAGGAUUGAAGAACUGAAAUGUUAUCUUUAUUAGAGCACUCACAAAGCACGUUUUGUUCACCAUACUUAAACCAGCAAGUAUUCUAUUGUGAGUGAUGUGCAGUUUAUCUAUCUUGUUUGUAUAAGUUGAUGAGGAAUCUUUACAAUCCCGAAACCGGCAACUGUUAGUUUCUCGUUCUCUUUUGUCAGUAUGCAAUUCUUAUGUAAGAUUUUAAAACAUUUUGGCAGUAUAUUCUGGUCUAGCCAAAAGGAAAUCAAUUUAUGACGUUUCUUUGAGAGCCUUACUAGCCCUGCAUUUUUGGUUUGCUAUGAUGUUUUUUAUGUGAUUGAUAUGACACGUUGCAUCCUUAAUGCAAACAGGAGAAUCACUUGACUCAUAAAUCUUAAACAAACCUUCAAUAUGAGCUCGUGAUUGGAACAAUUUUUGGGAUUGGGUAGUUAUUUGAAGACAAAUAUGUGGUUUAACUGGAGAAGGUCUAAAAUGGUCCAUGUUUUUGUAUAAAUACUUGGGCUAAUAUUUUCAUGGUGUGAACGACCAAAAGUUCCAGUUCUUUUGUUUCCUACUGUUUUAAUGGAAGAUGAACACAACUGUCAUCACAUUAGCACAAGUUACAGUCAAGAACUCCAUGGAUGUAGCAUUCAAACUGACUUUGCUUUCCAAACUGAAUAUUUCUCUCCAAGCCACAAUACUGAAGAUGGAAUGUUCAGUGAUCAGUAUAUGGAAAGACUGCUCCAAAUUGAGACUGAUCUCAUGGCCUCUGAUUCUGUCAAUCAGGACACAACAAUAUAUCUUGAAGCUCUUGAGACUGAAUUUAGGGAUGAAAUGGAUCAGGAAAUCCAAGAAAAUGUCGAUGUAACCUUAAAUGAGUAUACCCAUUUGAAGGAAGUUGAAGUUGAGACUGUGGAAGAAAGCAGAGUAGCAGAUCUUUUGUUAAUGGCAGCUGAAGCCGUUGAAGCACAAAACUGGCUUCUCUCUUCAACCAUCAUUUCAAGGCUUAACAGUCUUCUUGCUCGAGAAAAUGGCGAUACAACGUUCAAGAGAUUGGCUUUGUUCUUCACUCAAGGCCUGCAUUAUAAAAGCAUUGAUGCUCCUGAAAUGGUCUAUGAGCCUGUUUGUAGACAGACAAACCCUUUGUCUACAUUUCAGUUGUUCCAAGAAGUUUCUCCUCAUGUUAAAUUUGGGCAUUUCACAGCCAACCAAGCAAUCCUGGAGGCUACGCAAGGUGACACAGAUGUUCAUGUUGUGGAUUUUGAUAUCAUGCAAGGAAUUCAAUGGCCACCAUUGAUGAUUGACCUUGCAAUGAGAAAUGAUGCUGCUCUGAGACUCACAGCCAUGAUAGGUGACCAGAAAAAUGUAGACAUGGUUCAGCAGACCGGACGGAGGCUCAAAGAGUUUGCGGAUUCAAUCAAUUUGCCAUUCAUGUUUGAUCAGAUGGUUAUGGUGAGUGAACAAGAUUUUGAAAGAAUUGAAGUGGGUGGUCACACAGUUAUAGCAAACUGUAUGCUCCAUCAACUCAACAUGCCUGAUCACACAAGCUUUUCACUUGUCAAGACCUUCUUGGGUGGCAUGACCAAAUUAUCACCCAAGAUUGUUGCUUUAGCAGAAGAAGAACUGUUCAAUUUUGUGAAACUCCCAUCUAUGUCUUUUGUGGAGUUCUUCAGUGAAGCAAUCCACCAUUACACUGCAAUUUCAGAGUCAUUAUUGAGCAGCAACUACAGUGGGCACAAAAUGGGGUUAAGAUGGAUAGAAAAAGAGUUUUUGGGGAUGAGGAUUUUGGAUAGUGUGAGGAAGUUCCCUUGUGAGGAGAAAGAGAGAGUGUUGUGGGGAGAGAGGUUUGGUUCCUUGAAAGGGUUUAAGCCAAUCCCAUUGAGUUCUUGCAAUAUUUCACAAGCCAAGUUCUUGGUAGGACUAUUCAGUGGAGGGUAUUGGGUGCAGAAUGAGAAGUGCAGAUUGGCCUUGUGUUGGAAAUCAAGGCCUUUGACAACAGCAACCAUUUGGGUACCAAUAUCAAAGUCAAGAUAAUCCAGACAUUUGAGGCCUCUACAUAUGGACUCUGUUAUCUUACAUAUGUAGUGCUCAAUUAUAGCAAUCGACUUUUCUUCUCAUUAAUGAAUUUACAUGAGUUAAAGGGCCCUUGCACUGGAAGUCAUUACAGUGGCCCUGCAGUUUCAAUCAUGAGAAUUGAUUGUGUUUACUGUUUGCCAUUGUGGGAAACCACCGACCCAUUCUGUUUUUGUACUUUAAUAAAUAGAUUGGACGAUGUUGAUUUAAACGGCAGAAAAUU